UGUGGCUGUACUUAUAAUGACAACGACAAGAAACUGAAGUUGUAAAAUUGAUGAUGAAACAUUGCUGUGUCGUAGAAUAUAGGAAUGCAUAAAAAAUUCAAGGAAAAUCUCUUUUAUUAAUCACUAAGGAUCUUUAACGGAAAAAUUGAAUUGACCUUAAUCUCGGUAUGUGGCGCUGGUGUCGGCAAGUGGCAGGCAAGCGUGACAUUUAAUAAUUUUUGUAAACAAAUUUAGACAGCUCAGUCAAAGUCUUUUUGGCCCUGCAUUUUAGUGUUUAAGUACGAUAAAUAUUGUAAAAUAGUGUAGUAAUAUAUUGUGUUAGAGAAGAAACUUAAAGCUGAAGCACGUUGAACUGUAAUUCUAUCAAAAACCUUAUAGAUUUACACAGAAAACUGCUAAAAGUGUUCAUACAAAUACUGCGUUAAGACUCAUUUUACAUCACAAGAGAAAUGUGGGAUCCUAGACGGUUCGACGACAUCGAGGACUUCACAGUGGUUGAUGCCGAUGCCCAGGAGACUAUUCUUGGGGACUUCGAGGUGGUGCCGCAUGAAAAAACGGGUCCCAAUUGCUUUAUGAUGCAGCAAUUGCGCAAGCAGUACGAAGAUGAAUUAAGAAGUCUGCUCGAUUCCGGGAACUUCAAUUGUCCAGGCAAGAGCACCGACAAUCCGGAGGCCGCAUCGAUUGCCCUUAUCGAGAAGGAGAUCAGGAAGAACCUCGCCAUGUUCCCUAACGGUCUCAGCUUCAGCAGCAAGUUGCGAUUGGCCAAACCGAACGUGUUGGAGGACGUUGACGUGAUGGUGAACCAAAGAAUCCCUAUAUUCUUUAACAAGAACUAUUUUAAAUUACGGCCGAAGGACACUGAUGAACCGGGGACAAGCAAUGGUGUAAAACAAGAGCCACCACAACGGACACAUGGGAAAAAUGAGUUAUAUCUUCAGUUUAGUGAUAGUAAUAAUAUAAAUUAUUCAUUCCCUUUACCUCCCAAAUCCCGUUAGGAUUAACACUACCAAUUGCCAAUCUGACUUUAAAAG